AUGAUAGACCUCUUGUUAUCUCGUAAACUAUCUAAAUAUGGUUAUUUAUUUGUGGCACCUGCUGAAUUAAAUUUUUCCAAUGAACAAGAUCGAAUACGAAAAUGGCAAUGGCGAUACUUCGUUUUGUUUGAUGAUGGUGAAUUAACAUAUUCCGUCGAUGAAAAUCCUUUUACUCUUCCACAAGAACGAAUUGAUUUACAUAAAUGUUCGAGUGUUAAAUCGAGUGAUGAGUAUACUGGUCACACCAAUUCUCUUCAAAUUCAACUAAACAAUUCAAAACAAUAUUUCAUAAAAUCAACAUCAAAAGAUGAUAUUCGAAGAUGGCAACAGUUAUUAACACAAUAUUCUCCAAAAUCAACAUCAUCCAUUCUGAAAAAUUCUUCUAACAGACAUUCAACAUCCAUCGUUAUUACACAAAAUCGACCUUCGGAUACAUUGUCAUCACCGCCUAUAAUUAUUUCAAAUAACGGUACAAAGAUUUCGGAACAACAAAAUAAACAUGAAAAGAUCAUCUCACAUCCAAAUGAAACUGUACAACUAACUAAUACAGAAUUAAAUCGUAAACGUGAUGAAUCGGUCAUUCGUUUACGACGUAAAUUAAAUGAAUUAUCAUCUGAGUAUGCAGAUGAAACAAAAAAACGUGAACAAUAUCUAAACAAUAUAAAUAAAUUUAUUUCGACAACAACAACAACUCAACCGCGAACAUUUUCUGAUUUAACUAAUUCCCAAUCAUCAGAACGAAAAACUAAACAGCAAAUAUAUAAAGAGCGAAAAUUAAAUACAGAGAGAAGUAAAUCGUUGCCCAGAGUUUCAGUGACAGAAGAAAAUCCUAAACAAUCGGCAAAAAAAGAAAAUGUAAACAAUAACAAUAAUAAUAAUAAGCAGACUGAUGAAAAAAUCAAGAAUACAAAUGGGAAUAUUAUUCGAAAAGGAUGGUUAUCAAAACUAGAAAAAAAUCAAAAAGAUUGGUGUCGUUAUUGGUUUAUAUUAACGGAAGAUUCUCUAUUAUAUUAUCAAGAUGCAAAUGUUGAUGAAAAUCAAAUUCCUGCAGGAAAAUUUGAUUUAAUGUAUUGUAAAUCUGUUGAAGAAUUAUCUACAAAAGAAAAUAAUUCAUUUAUCAUAAACACUAAUCAUGGUCAAAUACGACUGGUAGCUGUAACAAGUGGAAUUAGAAAAAAUUGGAUUGAUUCAUUAACACAAUGUCUUAGACAGUUGCCAAAUCAGCAUCAAAAAUCUCCUGGGCAAGCUCGAGUAGUGAGCGAUCGUCCACCAUUGUCUUCUACUGAUAUAAAGAAACAGCGUACUCCAUCAAAAGAGACGACUGUCGAUAUUCUACGUUCUCAUUUAGAACAUAUUAAAAAUGAUUAUUAUCAAUUAAUUGAACAAAAAAGUCAAACAGCAAUUAAUAAAACAGAUGAAGAACAAUGUUGCAAAGAAGUUAACGAAAAUAAUAAGAUCAUCAAACCUGCCAUCUUUCAGUCGGAAAUUUCUCGAAUAACCGAUGAUUUUAUUCCACCCAAAGAUAUUGUAUCAAUUAAUUCUUCUCUAAUAAAUUCACAAAAAAUAUCACCUAUUAACGAUAUACUCAAACAAUCAACAAACGAUGAUCGAGACAUCAAUCAUGUCUCAAAUAAUAAAAUAGAUGAAUUACAAACAUCACUAAAUAAUACGAAUAAAGAAGUGAUAUCAACAGAUUUAGUUAAAGUUGUUCAUAGUAAACAAGAAAUGAUUUCACAAUUAGAACAAAAAUUAGGUGAAACAGAACAAAAAUAUCAACAUUUAGUAGUACAAUUUAAACAAGGUGAUUUACAGUUAAAAUAUGAGAAUGAACGUAAAGAAAAUCUCUUAUUACGUGGUAAAUUAGUUGAAUUAGAAGGUAAAUUAUUUGAUAGUGAUCGUCGUAGUCAAAUUUUAAGUGAAUUAAAAUUAGAAGUUGAUCAAAUGCAACAAGUAUUUGAUAAUUUAGAGAAAGAAAAUAAUCAAUUAAAUGAACAAUUAUUAAAAUUGAAAGAUGAUCAUUCAACAUUAGAAGAAGAUUAUAAAACAGCUCAAAUGAAAUUAUCAUUGGCAAAUAAACAAGUUGAACAAUUAGAAAAAUUAUUAAAUACACCUGUAGAGAAGAAAACAAUAACAGAAUAUGAUAAUAAAUCAAAUGGUAAUGCUAGUGUAAUAGCAAAAUUACGUGAAGAUUUAUUAUUGGCCGAUGUUGAUAAUUCUGAAUUAAAUAAAGAAAAUCGUGAUUUAUAUUUACAGUUAAAACAAGCCUUAGAACAAAUUCAACAAUUAAAAUCAACAAAAAAAACACCAAAUCGUUUAUAUCGUUCUCAUAGUCAAGUUGUUUCACCUUCUUAUCAAUUAUCUAAUUCUGAUCCAAUAUUAACACGACAAGAUCAAUAUGAUCAAUUAAUAACUAUAUUUAAAUCGAUACAUACCAUUUUAUUAGAAGAAUAUACACGUUUAAUUAAUUUUGUUAAAUUAUUUGAAGAACAUCAAAAUUAUUUAGAAGAUUUAGGUCAAGUACAUAUUGAUCAUAUUUAUUUAAGAGAAUAUUUAAAUUCAAAUUCACAAACAAUAAACGAAAGAGUUAAUCGUCUUAUUAUUGAACAUAUUUAUACAUGUGCUGCUCAUUCAAGAGCAUUUUUAAAAAAAUAUUCACAUCUAUUUGAACAAUUAAAUGAAAUAAAACUUGAACCAUUAUUAAAUGAACAACUUGAUCGAACAUUAAAUGAAUAUUUAUCUAUUAAUAAUCAAUUAUUAACAAAAAUGAAAAAUUUAUUUGAUCAAAAACAAUUAUCAUUUCAUACAGAUGAUGAAAAAUUACGAUUAUUAGAUAAAUUAAAUCAAAUAUGGAAUCAAUAUGAAUUAAAUGCAAGAUUAAAUUUAAAUAAUAUUACUCAAAUAAAAUCUAGUGACGAUGCAGAUGAUUUAUCCGUAUCGACCAAAACGUGUUAUCCCGAUGUUGUCAAAAAUGGUUUAGAACAUUUUAGUCAAUUGACAAUUACUGAUAAAUCAUUACCGAUGCAACAACAAUCUAGUCGACAACAAUUUCAGCGUUUAUCAUCACAUUUACCGACAUCUGUCUUGUCACAAAUCGAUUCAAUAAGAAAUGAAUUGGCCAAUACGUCUCAUGAAUCAUUAUGUUAG